UUUAGAAAAAAAAGAAGGGUCAAGGUUACUUACGAAAUCAUCACUGAUAUUUUGCUUGGGCUGCAGUUGUGUUUAGUAUUUUACUACAUUAUGUCAUUUUCAAGGACAAUUAUCGACUUGUUCGGAAGAAAUACAUGUCUGGUUCAGAUCCUUCACCGUCGAUCUUUCAGAAAUGCUGCUACAGCUAAUGUUACACAACACUCUUCUUUAGCAAAAGAUCCAGCUACUAAAUCUAAAGUGGAGUUUUCAUGGAGGGAUGCUUUAAACCUGGAAUCACAACUUACAGAGGAAGAAUGCAUUAUUCGUGAUCAGUUCCGCAGUUAUUGCCAAAAAAAGCUCAUGCCACGAAUUUUGAUGGCAAACAGACUUGAAGAAUUUGAUCCUGCUAUCAUGAGAGAAUUGGGUGACAUGGGGGUGUUAGGACCUACUAUCCAAGGCUAUGGCUGUGCAGGGCUGUCUUCUGUUGGAUAUGGACUAAUUACACGUGAACUAGAAAGAGUGGACAGCAGCUAUCGAUCAGCAAUGAGUGUACAGUCCAGUCUGGUAAUGUGGCCAAUUUAUGCUUAUGGUUCAGAAGAUCAGAAACAGAAGUACAUUCCUAAACUUGCAAAAGGAGAGUUGAUUGGCUGUUUUGGUCUGACCGAACCAAACCAUGGCAGUGAUCCAUCUUCCAUGGAGACAGUUGCUAAAUACAAUGCAAGCAAGAAAACAUUUAUUCUAAAUGGAAGCAAAUCAUGGAUUACAAACUCACCAAUUGCAGAUGUGUUUGUGGUGUGGGGCAAAUGUGAUGCUGACAGCAACCGUAUUCGUGGAUUCAUCAUUGAGAAGGGCACACCUGGGCUUUCUGCUCCAAAGAUUGAGGGGAAAUUUUCACUGCGUGCUAGUGUCACUGGGCAGAUUGUUAUGGAGGAUGUUGAAGUUCCAGAAGAGAAUAUGCUGCCAAAUAUUUCUGGUCUUGGGGGUCCAUUUGGAUGUCUGAAUAAUGCUCGAUAUGGUAUUGCCUGGGGUGUGCUGGGGGCUGCAGAGUUUUGCCUGGAGACUGCUCGCCAGUACACACUAGACCGAAAACAGUUUGGAAGACCACUUGCUGCAAACCAGCUAAUUCAAAAAAAGAUGGCAGACAUGCUUACAGAUAUUUCUCUUGGUCUUCAAUCUUGCUUACAAGUUGGUCGACUCAAGGAUCAGGGCAAGGCAACAUCUGAGAUGAUUUCUAUGAUUAAACGGAAUUCCUGUGGGAAGGCAUUGGACAUUGCACGUGUUGCUCGAGACAUGCUAGGUGGUAAUGGCAUUUGUGAUGAGUACCAUGUCAUUCGACAUGUCAUGAAUCUGGAAGCUGUCAACACAUAUGAAGGCACUCAUGACAUUCAUGCUUUGAUUCUUGGACGGGCAAUCACAGGGAUCCAGGCAUUCACUGGUGGUAAAUAAUGUGCAAGAAAAGAGAAGUCUGUAUACAUGAAAAAAGACAAAAUGACUGUUUUCUAGGAGACAUUUUAACCUUCUACACCUUUGAACACUGAAGAAAGUGAACAAAUUCAAGUGACCAAAUGCAGACAAAAGCAGAAGAAAACAUGUACAAGUGUUCCAUUGCAAAUGAAUAUUUAUUUAAAAUAAAUGCAGUCAUAAGUGCCUUAUGUGCCCAGUGGUCACGGCUUGUUCUGUAGAUACAUAGCCAAUAAAGGAAGGGUUUGACACCAAGUACAUAAAUGCACCUGCAAGGACAAAACAGUCAAAUAUUUUUAAUCUUUCAUAUUACUCAGAAAGGUGAGACUGCUUAUAAUCUAAACCCAGACAAAUUUUAAUUAUGAAAAUAUGUCAUUUUUUCUCUGUUUCUCAUUUAAUCAGUCUCUUUUUUUAUUAUUACUGGGAAACAGUGUAACAAGGAUAACACUUUUUUAAUGUGUCAACAACAGUACGAGCACAAAUAGGGAUGCUGGAACUGAUGUAGAAUUUUAAAGAAAACUGAGCUAUUGGAAAGAGUUUUUGUCUGUCAAAUUUUUAUAAAGUACAGCAUAUGAUCAUCAAUUGACAGAUUUUACUAUGAGGACAUCAGAGAUGUCUAGAACAAAUUUUUUUUAAAAAAAAGCUGGAUUUGAUCUUUUUACUCCAAGGAGAGACACACAAUAAAUGCCAGUCAUUUCUUU